AUGGGAAAUAAAAAUUAAAAGUAAUAAACAGAAAAUGUAGUUACAUCUACAUAAUAAGUGUAAACAAAGCAUUUUGUAGACAAGCAAUAUAAAAAAGGAUACUAACAAAUUCAAGAAUUAAAAAAAGGAGAUCCUAAAAAGCAUUUAGAACUUCAUUAUCAGCACUAUGAAUAGAGUUUAGAAUCUGUCUAAUAUUUCUGCGAUACGAUUAUUUAGCUCUCUUGUUUGUAAAAACUAACACUAGAUUUCAGAUAUUUUUAGAUUGAAGGUUAAGCUGCCAGUACCAUUUCUUCUGCAUUAGCAAAAUGCAAGAAUCUUACUUAUCUAGACCUACAGUUUUAAUAAAAUUUGAUAGAUAAGUAAUAAUUUGAUCAAAUAAUAGAAUAAAUAUCAAACUGUAAUAAGUUAGAAACAUUAAAACUAUUCUUCGGAUAAAAUUUAAUUGAAGAUUUUUAGGCUUAAAGUUUAGAAUAAACUCUUAAAUCUCUACCCAAUCUUUAAGUUUUUGCUAUUGAUAUAAUAAAUAACAAGCUGAGUGAAUAAGGAGCAGUUAAUGUUAGCAAUGCAAUAGCAUAAUGCCCUAAAAUUAAAAAUGUAUAUUUAGGAUUUAGGAAAACAUUUAAAUUUUCAGAAGACUUUUUUGGCUUUAACUUUAAAGGCUUCAGUAAAAUUUAGGAGCUUACCAUCUUUUUGGACGAAAACUCAAUUGAUUAAUAAAAAGCUAAAAUGCUUGGUGAUAACAUUUCUUGUUGCUCUAGUUUAAAUAAUCUAACUUUAUCAUUAACGCAAAAUUAAAUUAAUUUAGUUGGUUCAAUUUAUUUACUAGAAGGUUUGAUAAAAUGUAAAUAGCUUGUAAAUUUAACAUUAAGAAUAAGCUCAAAUGGAAUCCCAGACGAAUAAUUAUACAAAAUAUCUAAAACAUUAAAAGGUUUGCAGUCAACUACAAUACUGGAAAUAACUUUAGGGGUUUAAAAAAAUACUUUAAGCUAUAAAAAAAUAAAAUUAGAGUUAUUUAAAUUAAAAAGAUUAGCUUAAUUUUAUCUUUACUGA